UUGUUGCUCAUUAUGCUUUGAGUUGGGCUGAAGGGAGACCUUGGUCCGCUGUCUCACAGGUUGCUCCGAUACAAUAUAGUAGAAUAGGAUACAGUAUGAGAGAAUAGGAUACGACAUAACACCAUAUGAUGUGAUACAGCAUGAUACAAUACAAUAUGAUAUGGUACAAUUAAAAACAAUAAAACAUCUGUUUUUUUGCCACAUCAAAUACCUUUAAUUGACUUAAUUAGAUAAAAUGAUAUAAACAGGAAAAUGCAAAAAGCUGGUAGUGAGUAUCGUGGAGUUGAUAAUGCUUUUAUAACUUAAAUGAUGUCUCUGACUCCAAAAACAACAUAGUCACAAAUGUUUUUCAAAAUCCAAUUAUUUUACUAAUAUCCACUUGACAACUUAAGGGCCAACCAACCCCGUGGUGGGACAUCUGAUUGAACCUAUUCGUGAACUCUAACUCCAUUAUCUGGGUAUCUAAGUCCAACUUUGAGUGGUUUCAUUCUAUGUGAUUUCAAUCAGACCUUUGUGUUUACAUUUAAAACUCCAGUGUCACUUGGAUGAAUGCAGUAAAAUUAGGGUGACCAUGUGUCCUCUUUUACCCGGACAUCUCCUGUUUUGGGGGGCUGUCUGGGAUGUCCAGCCUUGUCUGGGGAAGUUUAUUAAACCCUCCAAAUGCCCGGGUUUGUAUGGAAGUUUCAAGUUUGUGUCAUAUGGAUUUCCUGAGUUAGAAGCACGUAAAAGACACUCGCUCUGACCCAAAAGUGUAAAAAAAAAAAAGGUCAAAUACUAUUUACAAAAUGUAGAAGGCAAAAAAAAGUGCCAACUAGGCAGGGGCUCCACUAUGACUCAAGAUUCUCAUUUAAGAGAAAAAAAAAAAAAAAACAGAAACAGCAGCACUACAGAAGUCAGUUUGGCAGUUACUGUUCAUGCAACAAACCCCAGUCUCAAAAAAGAAGCCUUCUUUCAACCCCCUCUAGCCCCUCCCACUGGGCGUUAUCAAUUACAUAAGUUUAGAAAAAACUAAUUUAUUCACAUGUAACCCAUUUUUUAUUCUUCAGACCUUAUUCUGUAAGUUUUUACACAAGUCAAUGGAGCUUUAAUUUUUAGGGAUUCAUGGCAAACAACAAAUGAUUUAAUUUUUCUUGCAUCAUGUGACCACUUUGACCUUCCAUACCUAACUAUUUUACACCCGGAAAUCAUGCGCUCUGUUUCCUCAUGUGGAAACAUGAGCCGGCAUGACGCCGUGAAUGGACACCCGGAAAGUUCGUGGAGGGAUGAAUAUUUAUGAAUGUAUGUUUAAGUUAACUGAAAAAGCUCAAAGUGUGCAAACUUGGUUACCCUAUCCAAAAGGGAGAAGGAGAAGUAGCGCUGUUUGGUGCGUAAUUAGCGACGCUGGCAGGGAGGGAAAUGUUUGGCGUGUGUGUAGGUGUGUGUGUGGCUCCAUGCGCUGCCCACAGUCAGCGAGCACACAGCUCCUUCACACCUAUUUCUAAAGUUUAAAAAGUUGUUAUAUUGACAAAAUAUAUGUUGCUCAAGAGAUGGAAAGUUGGGAUGACCGUUUUGGAAGGGGGAUGAUUUUGACCAUUUUCGUUUCCCGAGUUGGACUGUGUGUGUGUGUGUGUGUGUGUGUGUGUGUGUGUGUGUGUGUGUGUGUGUGUGUGUGAGAGAGAAUGACCCUGCUCAGGGUAGGGGCAGGGAUAAGCGUCACAAUGACGACGCCCGUGAAGCGCGUUACUCCCGGUGCCUUGCGCGUCUUCACUAACAGUCUGCUCACUAAGCUGCGGUCACUGCUGCAGACACUUCCACUCAGUCCACAGCGCAAACACAACAGUCACAGCAACACCUGUGAAGGAUGUCUGAUGACACGGGGAAUGGGGACUGCGACGAGCUGCACUCCUCUGUGGAUGAUGACGAUGAACUUCUGAGAUACAUCUGGAGGGAAUAUUUACACCCCAAACAGUAUGAAUGGGUCCUCAUCGUGGCUUAUAUCAUUGUUUUCUUCGUUUCUCUCAUCGGAAACUCACUCGGUAAGUUCUAUUUUUCUCUUUUAAGUUUUUCCUCUUGGUGCGUAAUGCGUCCGGCAAAAAAAGUGCAGCGAUAAAACACUUGGAAGAACUUCUUUAGGAAUGCGCACAUCUCCAACAAGGGGAAUUAAAGUAAAUGUAGCAUCAAUGAACAAAUACAUGCAGAGCGUUUUCGAUGCGCAAACCACAGUGGUGCAUGAGGAGCUGAAGGAGAUGAAUGGAGGAGGAUAAAAUCAUGGAGCCAGUUUUAUCUUUGCAGCUGUAAACGUUUCAGAUCGGCUCCCUGCUGUUCGUCAGUGUUUGAAGAUACAAAUUAUACAUUUAUCUCACACUGUGAGCGCGAAAAGGCAAGAAAGGGAAAGCUUUUUUCAUGACUGACAGGGUGAAUCACAGUCAUUUUUGACAUUUUUCACCUCAAUUUCAUCCAAUGCUCUCCUCAUCAUUCUGCUUUGUUGGGUUGUUUUAUUGCUACUAAGAGCUUUCUUAUGUGGAUGAAAGGACAUUUGACUCAUAGGUCAACUCUCAAGAUAUGAUAAAUGAUCAGGAGAAGGUUUUCCAACAUUCAAUCUAACAAAUCAGCUGCUUUUCUUGAAAUGCAUUUGUACUUUUUACAAUCAGCUUGUAGAUAGACCAUUAUUAAAUAUUCAUGCAUCUCUGUUCAUCUCAGCCUCAGUCCAACAGCUUUUUUUCUUGUAAAUCUGUGUCUCCAGCCUCCCUGCAGGAAUCCACUUUAAUUUAUCACGACAGGAUAUCUUUCUUCAUCUAAACCAUUUUGCAACACUGAUAACAACAUGUUUUCAAUUUGGCAUUUCAGCAGGAAGUACAAUCUCAGUUCCAAAAUGGUUUGGACAUCAUGUAAAAACAUGAUCAAGACAGAUUUGGAUGAUAUACAAAUUACACAAAUAUGAUAUUUAAAGCUCCCGAGGUAGACUGACAUUCAUACUAAUGCCUUUUUUAUGGUAUAUUAGAGCAAACAAGUCCAACAGCAGCAAGAUUAACUAUUUUAAUUUCCUAAUUCUUAAUGUCUGAAUCUGGUGCACAACUGAGCAGCUGGAAAAAAAGCUUAGUUUCAAAGUUUUCCUCAUAAAAUACAUCUGACAAGAUCAAUCAAUCAAAUUCAAUCAAAUUUUAUUUAUAUAGCACCAAUUCACAACAGUCGUCAUCCCAAGAUGCUUUCCAAAGAACAAGAGCAGGUCUAGACCACGCACAUUGUUUGAUGAAUUAUCAGGACCCAACCUAAGAUGGGAUUUGGCCCAUCUCAUCUAACAUGAGUGACAGUGGUGAGGAAAAACUUCCUUUUAACAGGCAGAAACCUUGAGCAGGACCAGACUCAUGUUAGACAGCCACCAGAUGAGAUGAGAUUUUUUUUGUCAAAAGUCAUAACUGAAGCAUGGAGAAGACAAAGAGUGCUCUGUCCACUGGGGGGCGCCAAGAUUGACACAAAUCAAAAGUUUCUCACGGGUGCUUUAAUUCAAAACAGCACAUUAUCAUCAUAUUAAAUGCUGAAGCUGGAAAAUUUUAUUAUAGGGAAAAGGAAAAGCGUCAGAGAGGGUGAGUGGCUCAAAAGCAAAGAGUGAGCAAAUAGUUCAACAAUUUCAGAAUGAACAACCACAUAGCAUAAAACUGCAAAGACUUUGGUGAUUCCAUCAUCUACAGUGUAAAAUAUCAUUAAAAGAUUCAGACCAUUUGAAGACUGCACCAAAGGGACAAAGUUUAAAACCCAUACUGAAUGCAGAGACAUGACUCUGUAGUGGAAAUCACCGCAUGGUAUCAUAAUCUUCUCCAAAAUAACAAUACUUGCAAAUAAAAUUAAUUUGUGUAUGUACUAAUGCAGGUUAAAACAAACUGUGCAUAGAGAAAAUCAUGAAUGGACACAACCUAGAACUGCCAAUGGCUUCUCUGAGCCUGAGCCUGUUAAAACAGACUGAAGCACAGUGGGAGACUCCUGUCGUGUGUCUGGUGGUCUGAUGGAUCAAAAUUUGAUCUUCUCUUUGGAAAUAAUUGAUGAGUGCCCUCCACUGUCAAGAGAAGAGGGACCACCUGGCUCGACAUCAGCACAUAGUUCAAAAGCCAACAUCCAUGGUAGCCAUUGAUGCGGGAUGAUGGAUACAGGUAAUAUAUACAGCAACACGCUGCCAUCCAGAUCAAAGCUACUAUAGGGAAGACUUUUAAUGUUCUAGCAAAACAAUGGGAAACCAAAGUGUCCACAUAUUACAACAGUAUGGUUCUGUGGAAGUAGAGUCUAGGCAAUAGAAACAUUUGGCUUAUCUUGAAAUACAAAUAAGAAAUACAACAAAUUAAAUCCUGAACUGUUUAGCAGAUGAAAUCCCAUAUUAGUCAAGAUUUUUACUUAAGGGUGGAGCAGGCAGGAAUCCGUUAAAGUAGAUCUUUUUCUGGGGUGUAUUUACAAAAAAGCUUUUAAUAUCAGUCAAUAGCAAUUAGUUAUUGAUGACAUUUGGUAAUAUAACAAUAUCGCUGUGUUUUGUUAUGUCUGUGUAGUCAACAUUUAAAGAUUUUGAGCACUCCACUCUUUCUGACUGUAAACAAAGCCAUUCCCCACCUCCCCCAUCCUGAUUGGUUGUGAGGUGGACGCUGCUCCCCCAUGUCGUCCACAAGCCCAAACAAAGUUAGCGUGCUCCAAUAUCGGACAGUAGAAACCAACCAGAAAGUACAAAAAAUUGUCUGAAUCCUCCUUUGGCCACGACUGCCGACACAAGCAAGAAAACAAAGUACUGGAGACUCUGGCGGAAUUACGGGCGCUUAAAAUGGCGGUAGACCGAACAAAAGCUAAAAAGCCGGGUCAACAAUGAUGGGGGACGCUUCGGGAUCUUGGUGACCCUGUAACCUUUCUGCUGGACAGGUAAACCGCUUUAACAAAGUAAGCCAAGUGUAACAUAAGUGUUUCUUGUCAAACGGACCUGCUGCAUGUUGUAGCCCUGCUAAACUGUUGACCUCGGGUCCUGGACUAUGUCACUUUAUCCUAGUUGUAGAAGUCCUACAAACAUUGUGUUUGCUGAUAGUCUGUUGGCAUCUACAGUAGCACCAAUGCUUUUUACUUUUACAUUGACUGGGCCCCAUUUGUAAUUAUUAAUCUGCAUUAUAUUUGAAUUUAUUUGGAACGAUACGAGCGAGCAGGAGCGUCUGUUUGUGGGCGGGGCUUGCUGGAGCAGAGAGGGAGGGGAGAUGAGGAGCUGAGGGGAAAACUGGUUGGGAGGGGUAGUUUACGUUCAAGAUUUCUCCCCAAAACUGGCACCUCCUCAGAUCCUGACUACCUCACCUUUAACAACUUUCAAAAAUCUUGAAACUGCUCUCUUUGGCCACCUAAGUUUCAGCAAAGUGGUUAACAGUGUCUCCUCUCAGAUGACGAAACCUUGGGGGAGUAAUACAUUCUUAAGGUGCUUGAAAACUUAAUGAAACAAGGCCCAAAGAGGUACAUUAAUUUGCCAUUUUACCACACAGUGAAGCCUAGAACUUCAGAUUAAUCAUCACACUGCCAGUUUCAGCCAUAAAAACCAACAACUCAGCCCGUAGGCUCCUAUAUUUCAUGAACAGAAGUUUUUUCUGCAGUUAUCAGACCUCAUCAGGACUCACCCAAACUUUUCCAAAGUAACCAAACAGUUUCAUGUCAACUCUAUAAAGUCUGCAGGAGAUGGUGUCUGCAUUAGGUCGAAGCAUCACAAAGAGGCAGGGAACAUGGUGUGUCUGUUCUUCCCCUCAGAGAAAAACUUAAUCAAACACACCUACCAGGGUUCUAACCGGGCCUGCAUGUUCUGAUGAAGGUCAGUUAAACUGCUGCCUCUGAGUUUACACUUUGAUCUAUGCAGCCAGUUGACCAAAAGAUAGCCCAGAGUUUCAAAAACCAUCUCAUCAAGUUUGGGAAAUAGUUCUGAUUCGAUGUGUUUUAAACUAAUGACUAAAACCCCAAAGCAGUGAGUCGGUCAGCAGAUAAACCAGACCAAUUUAGGAGAUUUUGAAGCAAAGUGAUGAAAUAUAAGAAUAAUGAUGUAUCUGGUGCUGUGAGAUGGAAGAAUAAGACCGGAUGAAGUUUGUCAAAUGUUGGUGAGACAUAGCAGAUGAUGUCAACAGCCCUGUGAGUAACUGCAGAAAAGAUCUGACACACGCUGCUUUCCACACGGCAGUCUGGUCUGGUCUGGUUCAGUACAGUUGGGGGGGGGGGGGGGUAUACCCUGAUCUUGCUUGCGAUUCUGUCAACUCUACUGCGGCACCUCAACUGCCAACCCAGUUGACCCUGUGGCUCUGUGAUCUAAUGCUGCAUUCCAGUUACCUCAGAAGUCGGAUGUCAGAGCUGGGAAUGAGGUCACACCCGAGUUGACGGCAUUUAAGUUAACAAGUCGGAAAACCAAGAUGGACGCCUACAGUUACCCGUCGUUAGCUGUUGUUUACAAUCGUCAGCUCAUUGGCCGUCGUCAGUUGUUGUUAGUGGUUGUUAGCCGUUGUCAGUUGCUGUUUGCCGUUGUAAAUUGUUGUUAGUUGUUAUUUGCGAUACCAGUUGUAAACGACGCAUAACGCAGUAUUUUACACUUACAAACAACACAGCACCGUGUUUACAGUUAGACGCUGGGCAGUACAACAUAAACCACUUAUUUAAUUUUACAAAAACAAAACAGAAGUGCUAAUAAAUAAUACAUUACGAGAGCUCUCACUGUUACUUGUUGUCGUUGACAUUGUCGUCAAGUUAGGGUUUUCUGAAUUCAGAAAUUCCAACUUCCGAGUACAACUGGAACGCAGCAUAAGUCGCUUCAAUUCACCAGACUCUGCACACAAGAUUGUAUCUAUUUACACACAUCUGAAUGUCAUAACUAACAAACUAUUUCCUAAAUCUGCCUGUUGUAUAUUAUAAAUAACAAACAGCUGACAAUUCACAACAAGCUAAUUAAUCAUGCAAGUAAGGCACAAAUUACCACUGAGCUCUGGAGUUACCACACAAAACCAUCUUUUAGCUCUCUGGCAGUCAGCCUCCUGGCGUCACAUUGUUGCCUCUCACAGGGCAGACUUUGUUUCACCUGAAAGGGUUUCCAAUUUAAAAAGGUAAUCCUACUGCAGGUAACAAGUCUGGGACUGCUUUCAAAACCCCUGACUGGUUUUAUGGAGAGAUAUGCAGAUGUCUCACUGUUACUUUUUCAGUUUUUAAUACACAACAACACAGUCCCAAACCUGAUUUAGCUGAACAACCCUGCCUUGUUAAUUAUUUAUCUGGAAAAUCAAAAUGUUUAAGAUUUUCAUACUUUUUUAGGCCAAUAUAAGUGGGUCCAAUAUGAAUAAAACUUUCUGUUUGACUCAACUUUUGAUAUGAUAGAUUACAGUGUUUUCAUUACAAGUGGCUCAAAUACUAUAUAUGAAAGGAUUUAUGUUUUUGUUUCCACAGUUCUCCCUGUUUUAACUUUAUGCAGCUGUUUUUUAGUUUUUACUGUGUGGGGAACUUUGUGCUAUUUAAAUGUAGUCUGAUUGAUAUAUUGAGUUAAGGAUGGCUCUGCAUGAACAGUCCUAUACAAACAGCUUUAAAAUCAUUGAAUCCUUUCAUGCUUGGUGCUUUGUUCCCCAGACUUCGUUUUUUAUCGAUCACAACUUCAGCUUUACCUGCUGUUAGCAGCAGUGCAGGAAAUCGAAUAGAACAAAAUCCAAACUGAACACAGAUAUUAUAAAAACAGGCCUUGAUAGAAUCUCCUUGUGGUAGUGGUCUUACUCCAAGACUCAGACUGAUUCAUUGCAAAGAGAGUUUCCUCCUGAGCUAACUGAAACAUGAAGGAUCUUCACAGUUUCUGUCUCAGUAAAUGGUGGAGACGUAAAGUGAACAACAAAUUAACAGAUAUUUGACUUAAAUUAGCAGAGUGGCCCAGAAUUGAUCUCUAAACUUGGUGUCUGACAUUUCAUAAGUAAACUAUUUCGAAUAUAUUUAUUUUGUCAGCCUUAAGAUAAAUCGAGAGUCUCGUCGGUCGAUCUACGUGUCGAUCCUCACCUAUGGUCAUGAACUUUGGGUAAUGACUGAAAGAACAAGAUCGCGGAUACAAGCAGCCGAAAUGGGUUCCCUUGGCAGGGUGGUCAGGAUCAGCCUUAGACAACAUAUAAAACAUAAACAUUUCAUUUAUCGUUAUUAAAAAACUACUUUUCAACAAAUCUUGAGUCUAUGGAUUGUGAGUGAGGGGGACUCCGUUGCGUUCUGCUGCCUGUUAAUCAUUCGCCAAACCCGUGAACCUUCUGACGUCAUCAUUUUUUUUCUAAAUAGUGUGCCAUAGAUGGUGAAAUCCACAGAUUUUUUUUCUCAAUUGAAUGAUUCGUAGCAUUAUUUUGAACACGUUGAACUACUUGCUUACAGUGGUGUACCUCUUCCCUUCUUUGCUUCCAGAAACUCUGCCUGUCAUGAGUGCUCUUAAUUUGCUUUCUUACCUCUUUGCUCUACACAUUUAUACAUUUAUUUUGUGUAUUGUUGUUUCUGUCCCAGCUUUUUUGAAAGUUGUUGCUGGUAAAAGUUUUGAAAUAAGCAUAAGUUAUUAGUAUUACCAAGUAAAUUUAGGCUUUAAAUGAUUUGCAGACCACCAGCAUCUGUUGUGUGGGAUUUCCCUGUGAGCGGCCUCUGAAGGAGCUGCUGUGUUUUUGGCGCAUCUGUGUUUGCUUUAUUCCUCUGCCCUGGAGGCUGAAGAUAAUUGAAAAUAAAUCAAUUUUGUUUAUACCUCUCCUUUCUAAAAUGAGUCAUAAAUCUGUUUGAUUCUGUUUGAUAAUGAGAAACUGUAUUUUAAGAAUCUGGCAGGGGGUACUUGGAUUGCCAAUCAGACGUCGGUGGGGGAUUCUCCCCAUACUGUCUCGUGUCUUUCCUGAGAAGGUUGGAGAUGCUCUUCUUGGCAUCUAAUUGGCCUUUCUCUGCUUGGCUCUUAUCUAAAUCCCAGCAGGGUACUGUAGGUAAUUUAUUAUUUGGAAGGUUGUAGCAUGGGGGUCAGAGAGAACCUGAUAAGCUUUAUAGAGGAUCUGAGUCUGACUGAUCUCUGUGGGCCCUCUUGUUAAAUUUUGAAUGUAAUAGUGAGGCCACACGAACUGUUUUACAUCACAGGCUGAAGAUGACCUCCUGAUGUUGUUUGGCAAACACACCGUCUUAGUCAGCGCUACAUUUCUCUGAGUUUGAGCUCAAUUACAUUAAUUGCGCUUCAGCUUUAAUGAGAGAAUAUCAAAGAUGGGUUUUCUGUCUGAGGCAAUUCAGUUACCGUGGGAGCCACCCACAGGCGACGGCACAGCUUCCAGUCUCUUUAGUGGGUAGACCACAGUUACUUUUAAGAUAGUUUGGCGCUCUUUGCAAAAAAAUUUGGUUUGGACCUCAAGAGUUUUUCUAUGUGUUUGUGUGUGUGACUGCAUCUCCAGAGUCCCCCAAGAAGCAACAAGUGACAAAACAUGAUCUUUGGAACACGUAAUUAUCUUGUGAACUCAAAAUUUUAUCUUGAGCACAAAAGAUGUUAUUUUUUCAACACACUAUAAUCAUUAUAUGCACGCUAGUUGGAGACACAGGGAAUUACCUUAUGCUCACAACCUUUUAUGCACCUAUUAGAAGUAUGUUGUGCGCACAAGUUCACGUUUUGGGCCCAGGGUAAUUAUCUCUUGUGCACAAAUUAAUAUCUUGUGCAUACAAGUUAUGAUCUUGUGAGCACAAUAUAAUCAUCAUGUGCACAGUAGUUGCAUGCACAGGGUAAUUUUUGGUACACACAAGUUAUAAUCUUGUGCACGCAUGCUAUCUUAUGACUACAAUAUAAUUUCAUGUGCACAGGAUGAUUAUCUUGUGCUCACAAUAUGACAAACAUAAUUUCUUGGUUUGCUUACCUACAACACAUACUCAUUUAACAUUGAACAAUAAUUUGUUGUUAUGUAGUCAAUUGCUGUGAUCGACCUGUAGGAUAACAAUAUAUUCAAUAGUCGUUUUUCAAAACAGAAACAUAAUUAUAACUGAUAAUUAUGCUCAGGCAAACCCACUGUUUCUAAACACCCAAGCUGUGAAAUUUGAUUUGAUUUUCAAAGCAAAAUCAAAGUCACUCUGGCGCUCAAAACGAAAGUCAAUAUGAUCUGAGAGAUGUUUUUAAGUUCAUACUACAAACAGCUAAAUAGAAAUAUAAAGGGAGAUAUAUUUUUGUUGUUGGAGUUAAAUAAUGAACUGAUGGUUUAAUAAAUUCAGGACUAUGAAAGCUAUUGUAUGGUGACUCGUUAAAAUACCACUGUUGCUGUAAUGGUGAGUGCAAACGCCAUCUUCAUCCCACACCAAAUAAGGAAAUUUCUCAGGGUUCAUUUCUUUCAUGAAAAAGUUGUAAACUCUCAUUCUGAGCUGGUUGGAAUGACUUUGAAAUACUUCAAAGAUGCUCAACAUUUUUUAGAAAAAUCCUCUCUGUGAUUUUCACACUCAGUCACUCCCUGUCUCAUACAGAAUCAGUCUUUGCGGUGCUGUUUUGUGGCUUUGUGCACUGGUGUGAAGACAAACUUGUAUUAUGCACAGCCUAGCGAGCAUAGUCGAGGAUGAACCAAAACAGCCAAUUAAAUCUGUCAAGAGUGGAAGGAGCAGAAGUAAUGUCAGCGGGACGGAGUUGGUCUGUAGAGGAAUCCUGUGGUUGAUAAUAUAUGUAAUGUUGUAAAAGAUAUAAGCUCGGAAACAAGAAGAGUAAAAUAACUAAUGGAUUCAUAAAGAAAAGCUCUAGAGGAAUAAAUAAUACAUCAUACUGGCUUAGUCCUAUUGCUAUCCUCCUGAACACCUCUUUAUUGUAAGGACUCAGCAGGACUGUGAAUGAUCUGUGGUGAGCGGUUCAGGCGUGUCCGAGAUAAGCUGCACAGGAUCGAACUCAUGAUCCCCUGCUGGCUUAUGUCAGGUGAAGAUAACAAAUACCGUGUCAGGUCUCAGGCAAAAUCAAUAAAAAUGGGUCAUUACAGAUCACAUGGAGGAAUAUCAUGAACACUUAGGAUGGUGUCUUUAAAGGGCACCUUCAGAGACUAGAAGAUACAGUUUCAGACCAUUGGAAAAUACAGAUGGAUGGCAGAUAAUGCAAACUCUUCCAUCAGUGUGUUUAUGUGACACUCGAGAAAACCAAAUUAUUGCCUCACUCCGAAUAAGACCAGACGACUGAUAUGCAUUAAAACUCAGAUUAAGACAACCAGAUAAUGGGAUUGGAAUUCGGUUUUCUCUAUCAUGUAACCGGCAUAGUCGGAGUAUGAUCGGACACUGCAUGUGUGUGUGUGUCACGCCCCCGUAACCCCAGAACAAAAACACCAGAGAAGAGGUGGCACAGAAGAAGUAGCGCGUACAUCAUGUACGACAAAAACAACACUGUACGAUGCUCCAUCUUUUCGCUCGAAAAUGCCCAGCAGCAGUUGUAGCCAUUUCUGAUGUCUGACACGGACCUGUUUUUGAUGUUGACAGUUGUAUGGGGUCGGAAACAGCGCUGCUUAAAGGCCCAUACCGCCCCCCAGUUUUGGGGAGGAGGACACGUUCACGUCAAUAAUCCCAUUUUCUCAGCUGCUUGUAUACGCGGAGAAAGAGAGAAGUCGGAUUCAGUGAAAAAACGAAUUAUGAUUAAGCUGUGCAUGUAAACGCACUGACUGUGUAGUAAUAUCCGUACCAGUGAGCCAAUACAUUAGUGAGUGGAAUGAAGCCGUCAAGCGAUGAACCGACAUCUUGAAAUCUUCUGUAUGAAACGUUAAGUUUCUACGAUCAGAAAGUAAAAACCAAAGAAAGGCCGAGCAUACAUACUUUCUAAAGUCAUAUGGAACAAAAUGAUAGCUAAUCAGGAAAAAAGCUGCCUGAUGAAAGAAGCAACAUAAAUGCAGCCAUGGCAACGACGGUAAAUCUGAGGCAUGCCUGUUUGAGAAAAAAGAGCCCACCUGUUGAUACACGGCAACAACUCAAGUGUUUACACAUAGUGUUCGGGGAAACAUAGCAUGACUGAAAUAACAAAGGGGGGUUCUGAAAAGAUAAUUUCACUGAAAUGGAUAUACCAUACCAUACCAUACCAUACAUCUCAUUUUAAACGCAGAACUUCUUACUCUGUUUUGUCAGCUGGUUGCUGUUGCUCGCAGUUUUGUAUCAUUAUCUCAACAUGUGAUGAUCGCCUGUUGUGAUAACAAGGCGUUCAAAAUGCAGGGUUGUUAUUUGGAGUCCUGCUGAGGAAUUUUUUUAGAGAUCGGACUUACACGAGCAUAAAGAAACUGUAGGAAGGAGGCAGGUCACAGAGCUGAUAAACAGAGAGAUGUCAGUGUUAGUCGAUGUUGGCCACGGGGGCAAACGCACCAAGGACCCCCUACGAUAGAGAUGCUAUAUACUUUGUGCCAUUAUUGUAUAGGAUCAGUGUACUGUUACUCUUCUUUAUUGUAGAUGAAUUUUUAUAUAUAUUGUCUUUUGUAUAUGAAGUUUUCAUAUUUUCAAGUCAUAAAAUGCAGUUAUCUAGUUUCAUUAUUGACUUGAAGGUAGGGUUGGUAAUCACGGCAAACUAGCAUGACUUUGAAUGUAGCAUCUCCUCAGGAUUUAGCCUGUCCCCCCUCCCCUUGGAGCUCCUCCAAAACAACCCCCCACUCACAUACACGAGCACUGCUGUCUGCUGAUUCAGAACCACAGACUCAAAACUUUGGGGCUUUAGAUCGGGAAGUCUUUGCACUAACUAGUAACAUGGCUAAAUACUUAGGAUUAAAAAUCGCCCUAAAACAAACCCUCAACGUACCUUUUUAAAGCCCUUAACCUUUUUCAGUUCUCUUCAUCUCUGAAAAGCUGUCCAGAUGUUGACUUUCGUUGUCGCCCUUGCUUUCUCCAAACUCUGUCUCGCUUCAGCCGUCCCUGCCUCCAUCUUUCUUUUCUUGCUCGUUUUUUGCAGGACAAGCGGUCACCAUUAAUCUGGGUGUAGGUAGUUUGAUUGGUUUAAAAAUGUGGGACUCACACGAUGUGAUUAGUCGGUGUUUUCCCAGUUUUACUCCUGCUAUAGAUAACGGCUGUUUUGCUCCUUUUGAAGAGCACAUCAUGUAUUGAUUACCAUUGGAACAAAAAGAUAAUUUCAACCAGAAUACCAAAAAGUGUAUCUAAAUCAGAUUACCAACCCCACUUUUAAGUUAAGUUUGACAUAUCUCUCACUCUGUCGAUUAAAAUCCUUCCUGAGUUUUGUGCUUUAAACUCCAUGGAGUGAUAGCAGGCGACACCAGGAGGCAGCCUCUGUUGUUGAGCAAUGAAUGAAACUAUAACUCCACAUGUGUCCACUCGGGGCUUAGGAAAACAAUUUCUGAGGAAUAUUAAUUAGAAAUGGUUUGUUUUAUCAUUCAAAGUGAAAACUGUAUAAACAUUUUACAAAACAGAAAACAGAAAGAAAGGAGAACUCCAGAGACAGGACAUCAUUUAUGUGUCUCAUUAGCCAUCUUUAUAUACAGUCAAUAUGGGCCGCUGUGCCCCCUUUUGCUUACAUUUAUGUGAAUUCAACCAUCCACCAGGAAUAAACCGUAUUUAUUAUCUUUUUAAUGUGUGUAAGAUGAGACACAUCCUUUGGUGUCUGUCUCCUUGUGAUAGCGCCUUCAGCGGCCUGCUCCCUGUUGAUGUGUGGGGAUCUGUAGGGGGAAAAUAAAGCUUGCCUGUGUCUUUAUGCCAGAUUAAAAAACAUUUAUGACUAACUGCAGCAGCUGGCCAUGACUGUUAAAGCACUAAAUCCAGUGCAAACAGAUUAAAUAUCCGUAAAAAGAGGUUUUAUUUCUGGUGAUCUCGUUAGAGUACACCAAAUACGCAUACAUUACCCACGUUUGCGGAGGAGUUGACAGUUUCCUCAGAUUUUAAACAAAUUAAAAUUGCAGAAAGGCAUAAAUAUUGAAUGAUUAAAGCACGAGUUUGCUUUGUAUUCAUAACAAGGUGGUUCACACUCUUACAGAGCUGGUUAAAUAUGCACAAACGGAUCGUGUUUGAUGUGGUUCCUAUAGCCGCAGUGACAGACUUUAUACACUGCAGGUUUACCGUAUCACAUUGUCAUUCUUACACAGUUAAACCCCCCCACAGGAUUUAAGGAGCUGAUGAUAAAUGAAACUUCAGAGGAGACUUCAUAUGCUCCAAUUUAACGGCAGUCAAUUGGAAGCCAAUUUUAGAAUACUAAGAGGAAAGUCCAAAUGAAGCAGACUGACAAAGAAAAAGUUCUGCAUCGACCCAUAAAUCAGCUAAAUAAGGUUGUUUGGAUCAAUGUUCGAGCCGCUCAGGCAUGCAAAACUCAAAAUGUACCAAUACAUUGUGGGGAGCCAAUGAUCUGAUCUGGCGUGACGAAUCAGUUCAAUGCUGUGCAGCAAAAAAAUCAAUCAGUGUUUAGAUUUCCUCACCUCCUGGAGGAAACAAACUUUUUUAAAACAAAGGAACUUUUUAUAAAUGUUUUUUUUUUCGCUCUCCUCUGAAGGGCGGCCAAAACUUUCAUUUUUUUACUUUCAUCAAAUCUGCUGCAAGCUGUUGUUAUUUUGGCCAACUUAAAAACAACUUUUUUUAACUUAAUCACAGAAAAAUUACAGCAAUGCUCAGUUGAAAGUAAAUCAUGCAUCUUCUUCAGAAUCUGGAGGACAAUCAGAGAGGCCCAAAAUCCAGGGGCCUGAAGUCCAGUGUGAAGUUUUCACAGUCUGGGAUGAUUUUGGGUGCCAUGUUGAAAAUGUUUUCCCAUUUGAGACUUGUUUGAUGUAAUUCGUUUUCUCCAUAAACUGCCACUCAAACUUGGGGUUAACCCUUUAAUGCUUUUGGUAUCAUAUUUGAUACAUUCUUUUUUUAUACUUCUAUCAAAUCAAUAUGAUCAACAAAUUACCAAAAGAAAAAUAAAAUAAAAAACACCUGAAUACAGUCCGAUAAAUGAUAAAAAUGUCCACUUACAGUUUAUCAGUUUCCAAAAACAUCCAAUGUAUCAAACUAGAUAAAUAGAUAUAUUUGUUAAAUUUUAAGGACAUUUUGAUUUUUUUUUUUUUUGGUUUUUAGUACUAAGUGAAAUAAACAUUUCAGCUCCAAAAAAUUUGAAUUUUCUGACCAUAAUUUGUGGUUUCAGGCAUUAAAGGGUUACGUAUCUUAUUGGACGACUCCAACUGAUGUUCUCAAGACAAAAUGAAUCAAAAAUAUAGAUUCAUCAGGACUUUUAUCUUUAUCACCAGAAUGUCAAAUCUUAUUGUGCUAAAUUUUCAGCCCAUAUCGCCCAUCCCUACUGGUCGAGUACAUAAAAAGGUUUCUUCGCUCCUCUUCCAACUCUCAGAAACUUCCCCCUGACUUUUAAUGUGAUUGGCCCGACCAGCUCAGUGACAGCAGCAUGACAACAACAGAUGAGACACUCAACCUUUUGCUGCAGCAGAGGCAGCUGCUGCACGGUUUUUCCUCGUUUCUCAAAGGAGAGAGGACUGGUGGACUUGUUAGAUUAAAUUGCUUUUUACUCAGCAUCUCAAGUGUGCUCUGAUACAGGAGUGUAGAGAAGUACUUGAAGCAAAGAUAGUAGGCCUUUCCCUCUCUCGCCUGUCACAUCCUGGUGUACAUCCUCAAUCUUCUCCAGAUCUCAGGUAAGGAGGAGAGUGUCUCAUCACUUUGUAAAAAAAAAAGAAAAACUAGAAACAGACCAAGCUGUGGUGAACAAUGGCGCAGAUGGGAUUUAAAAGCAGUUCCUGGUGGUAAUUUUUUCUGCAAAAUGUUUCUUGAAACGCUUUUCAGCUGCUUUUUGAGCAUAAGCAUGGAGGAAAUGUCUUCAAAAACUUACGCCAGAUUACACAUACUGUUCUGCAGGUGGCAGACGAAAGAAAUGCGCUUAAUUACCUCGAGAAAUGACGCAAGUCAGACUCUGUCAAAGUCCGCUACUGAAGAGAACAAAGAGAAUUAAAAUAGCUUUAACAAACACAACUUUGUCUGUUAGUGUUCUUGGAAAAGUACCCAGUUAAUGAAGAUUUAUGACAACUCGGAUCUCACUGUGCUCACAGAAUCAGGCAAACUGCUGAGACUCAAUUGGAGGCAGAAAGACAAACUAAAUUUGAAACAUAAAUUAGACACACUUACUAACCGAAAUUAAGCUGCAAAGGGGCAGAGGGUUUUUACUAAUAAUGUUUGUUUUCAAAUAAAGUACACCAGCACAUGGAAACCUCUGGUCUUAAGGAAUGGAGACAAAGAUUAAGGGCGCAUUCAUACUAAGACUGUUUGGUUUGUUCUGAAUAGACCAUGGUCCAUUUACUCCUUUGGUCUGGAUGAUAUAAACUCACAAGUGAACUGUGGUCCGGAUCAAACAAAAGGACCAUGGUCUUCUUCCAAACAAAUCAUGGUCCGGUCCUCGGCGGAUGUGAACGCAGCUAGACUUUUUACAAGUCAAUAUAAACCAAUAAAACAUUCAUACUGUAAUUAAGCUGGGACAUUGUGCAAGGACGGAGGUUGCAGCAGAACAGCUGGUCAAAACACCAGACUGUCCAUAAAACUGGAUGACUGGCAGAGGGUUUGUGUUCUGAUACAAUAGUUGGGUGAUAUAAAAUACGUAGGUGUUCUACUGUUCAACAAACACGCUGACAAUGUGUUAUCUGGACAUUCCUUUGCAUUAAUGCCCGGCGUCUCCUCACACAACGUCUUUGCCACCUCUGGUGAACAUUGUGCCCUGAACUAGUAGGUGACAGACAGUGAUUUUCCCUCGUAAUUUUCCCUCUUUGCUAACCAUUUGGUCUGCUUAGCAAGAGUCCAAUGUGAACGCUAACCGGACCAAAUGCAAAACGCAACAAUGUAAACAUUUGGUCCCUGAACCAGACCUUCUAAAAGGACUUUGAGUGAGAAAGGCCCCUAUGUACUAAAAGUUGCAGUUCCUGGAGUGCCCACUUGAGGCACUGGAAACUACGCACACACUGAACCAAAAGACAGUUUUUACAGCAACAGUAAACACAUUUAAAGCCUGGCUUUUUAGCCACACAUGCUUUUGAAGACAUUAAUUUGGUGAACCAGAGGCAUGGCUGACUUCACUGACUGGUAGGCACACUGUUACUACGCCAAAGGCCUGCCUCUAAAUUGUCGACCAAAAGUUCAUUUAAGUAACCACUUCCAAUAUGGCGAGGGUUAGGGCUAUUCAUUUAUUUAGUUAUAAUAAAGUCUAUGAGAUAAAAUAACUCUUCUUGUCUCACUGCUGAGCUAGUUCUGUACGAUUGCAGUUGUGUUUUAUUAGGCAUAAAAUCUAGUCCUGUUGGAAAAAGUUCAAACCCCAUUUCCAGAGAAGUUGGAACAUUGUGUAAAACAUAAAUCAAAUCAGAAUACAAUAACUUUUGUAAUAAUUUUUGACCAAUAAUCAAUUAAAUGCAUAACAAAGACAAGAUAUUCAAUGUUAGAAAAGAUAGAAUAAAUUGUUUUCACGUAUAUUUGCUCAUUUUGAAUUUUACGCCUGUAAAACAUUUGAAGCUUUAAGUUUUAGGAGUUUUCUAGAUUUUAAGAGAAAUCUAAUAUGAUAAUAUCUAAUAUAAUAUCUAAUAUAAUAGAGCUGCAUUAGAUCCUCAAUGACGCUUGAUUUUGCAUGAAUAAUGUGAAUUGUUCAAUUAACAUGAACAAAUCUCUUCAUCUGUGUAUGCCUGCGUGAAGCUUUUACCAUUUAUUCACGGCUAAACUGUUUCUUUUUUUUUUUUUCUUGCUUUUAUUCGAGCUCUGAAAAGAUGUCAAACACGGUGACACCUGAAGAUUGCUGUGUUUACCUGUUUUGCCUUCUGAAGCUCGGGAUCAGAUUCAGACCUUCAGGCUUUGCGGUUUCAAAUAAAAAAAGGCAGAAACAGAAAAAAAAUGUCAAUGUUUGCAAAGAAAAUUGAAGAAAUAAGGAAAGAUAAUCUUAUAUUUGAAAUGCUGAGCAGUUUGCAAAUGAAUUGUUUACAUUGUGCAUCUCUUUCAGUUUGUUUUGCAGUUUGGAAAAAUCGUCACAUGCGCACCGUCACCAACUACUUCAUCGUGAAUCUGUCCCUCGCUGACGUGCUGGUCACCAUCAUCUGCCUGCCCGCCAGCCUGGUGGUGGACAUCACAGAGACGUGGUUCUUCGGGAAAACACUCUGCAAAAUCGUGCCUUACCUGCAGGUGAGAGAACAACAAACCACUAAACCACUCAGCUUGAUGAAGGCGUAUGAUUGCUGUUUCUGUAAUUCUGACAUUUUUCUCAGUCUGUAUUCAUGAGGAGAAACACUAACACGUAAUAUCCCGUGAGAUGUGCACAGAGUGAGAUCUUUGAUGCUUGUUCAGGUCCUUUUGUUUUUUGCAGCUUUAAAUUUUAACCUGCACAUCUGCCAAACAGAAGUGGAACAUUACUUUGUCCGACUUUCGCCCACUUUUGUUUGGUGAAUCAGCAUUUCCUUCUGGUGAGAUGCAAAUGAACAAUCCCUGAGAUGUAAACCUAUAGAAAACCCUGCUGCAUACUGAUUUUCUGUCCAAUGCAUCACAAGGUUUUUUUUACGUAUAACAUGAAAUGUACUUUUGAGGAUAUGGAUGACUGUGUGCAGCAAGACGCCACAGAUUGAUGGUUGGUAUUCAUGAGCACGGAUGAAUCAGUAUGGGGUUUCUCUUACCUCCAAACCUCUUGGCUUUGAAUUGGAGGUGUGUUCGACAGCCUUCAUGUUCACAUCCUCUCUGCUUCCUGCUGUGUGAUCUGACUGUUCCGGUACGUGCUACAGCAAACCUCCAGUCGUUUCUGCAAUCCUUGGGAGAUCCUCUUACUCAAAAAAACUAAUAAUCCCCAGUUGGGAAAUUUUCUUACUUCAGUUUAUGUCACAUUCUGCUCAUUUUUAAGUGCUGUGUAGCCUCGGAGAGAAUUGAUCUCAGUGUGUCUCUGAGUUACAGUAAGAGGAUUUAUUCCUGAAAUAUAUUGAGGAGGAAAUACAUUCAGAUAUGAGCAGCACAGUUUUAACCUUCCGUUUGUCAUAGGAGUAAAUUCACAGGAGGUCCUGGAUGAAAGUUAAUAGGGAUAUUCCGGCGUAAAAUUAAAACCCAGAGACUCCCCCUCCAGAGAUGAAUGUUGCCGACUGUUUGCUUCUCUACUUAUACCAACUUUAGUAACGACCACACGAUAGCAAUAUACAGCGGUCUGAGGAGCCACAAACAAACCUCAACCAAAAAGCCACUCUACAGCCACAAAUAAUACUCAGAACAGCACCUAACUUCAUCAACAGUACAUAUAGGGUGCUAGCCAUAGUACUAGCCACCAAACAUCUUUUUAGCUUUGACUAAUUUCUUUAGCAAAGAGACUAAACACAACUCACCCACCCCCCUCGAGCAGCCCCUUGUUGGUAAUGAGACCUCUGGGCCAGUCCAUUACAGACUACAGCAGGGUGACGCAGCUCAAGGAAGAACAUUUAUGAUCAUUUCUUCAUGGAAAUGCAAUCAGACUGAGACCCUGGGUCAGAAGAACUACCGCGUCUGCAGUGCAAAAUGAUUAAUAUGGUGAUUAUUACUUCAAGGAAAUAAAGAUAAAGAAAUGAUCAUAAGUGUUCCUUCUUGAGCUGCGCCACCCCGCUGUAGUCCGUAAUGGACUGGCCUGAGGUCUCGCUACAAACAAGCGGCUGCUGGAAGAGAGUAGGUGAGUUGUGCUUAGUCUCUUCGCUAAAGAAAUUAGGUGGUUGUUACUAAAGUUGGUAUAACUAGAGACACAAGCGUUCAUCUCUUGAGUGGGUGUCUAACUUGGUGUUACGGUGUGUUUGACCCUAAAUUAAUUUUACGCCGGAAUAUCCCUUUAAUGCUGCAUUCCAGUUGUACUGGAAAUUCAUCUGGAACGGCCCCCUGAAAUCGGAUUUUCGACUUGGAAAGUCGGACGAUCCUCACCAACCCCGACUUGACGACAACGUCAUAAUUCAAGAUGGCAGCGCAUUACAUCAAUAGUAAAGAGUGACAGUGAAAGCUCUCGUUUUGUAUUACUUAUUAGCACUUCUGUUUUGUUUUUGUGAAAUUAAAUAAGUGGUUUAUGUUGUGCUAUUUAACGUCUAACACGAUGCUAUGGUGUUUGUAGAGUAAAAUACUGUGUUAUGUGUUGUUUACAACUGGUAUAGCUAACAGCAACGAACAACAGCUAACAGUAGGCGUCCAUCUUGGUUUUCCAACUUGUUUACUGGAAUGCCAUUAACUCAGGUGUAAUGUCGUUCCCAGCUCCGACUUCUGAGGUAACUGGAACGCAGCAGCAUAAGCCUGCUGAGUGUUUCUCCAAGGUCUUUCAAACACUGCAGGCUUCAUAUAAGGCACACCACUGUCAUCUUAUGAACUGAAAAUCAGGGCUAAUAUUUGAAGCAAAAGAGGGUAUAAAUAUUCAGCUCCUCUGUCAUCUGCUGUCAUGAAUUUACAGCCAAGCAAGCUUUACAUAUUUGACGUGCAGAGAUAACAUUAAUCAGGAAAAUAUUCUUCUUUGUGACGAAGGAAUGAUAUUGGAGAUCAAAUGUUCCUCUGACAUUCAGCAACCUGCCAUUUAAAUGUCAUCAAAUACUGAUAUUUAAGAAUUCCCUCUUCUAUAUGUCUGAGGAAGGUCGUUUAUAGUCACGCAUACGCAGCUUGAAGGAAAGUAUUUUUUGUCCUUUUCCAUGGAAAUGUCUUGUCAUAGACGUCACAGAGUUGCACUGAAAACAUCAGUAUAAUGACAGGUAAAGGCAAAAGGGAGCCCGAGAGAGGAGAUGACCCAAGAGUGGAGAUAUACUUACUUAAAAAAUCAAGAUUAGAGCUGAAGGUGUAUGUCUUUAUUUCAAAGAGGUGGUGUUAAGCUUUUUUCAUAUUUUCAAGCCAAAUAUUGAGUUAAAAUAGGGUGACUAUAUUCUGAAACCCCAAAAAGAGGACACGACUACGCGGAGCGGAGUCACGGAGUCACGCGUAGUUAAUUUUGAGAGUUUUUUAGUGUUGGAUCGAGUGUUUUUAUGCACCUCUAACUCAGUAAGUCCACGCGACACAAACUCAAAACUUCCAUACAAAACCCCGGACGUUUGAAGGAUUUUAUAAACUCCCCCAGACAAAGCCGGACAAGGACAAGGCCGGACAGCCCCCGAAAACAGAGGACGUGUGCGGGUAAAAGGGGAUGUAUAGUCACCUUGAGUUAAAAUGUUAGAUGCCAAUACUGAAUGUGGGAGGAGACUACUCUUGUUGUAGAGCAAAGUUUCACAGUAGAAUGAAUAGAGUUGGACUUGACACUUGUUCACUUAAUCGUCAUGAUGUGUUCUGUUAAUUUAGUUUUCUUCUCCUGGUUUUAUUUGAGUAGAUUUUGUGUUUUGUUCCUAGUGUUUCUGUUCCCCUGUAGUCCAGUCUUAUGAGAUUUUAGUUUGUGUUUGACCCUGUUGUCCUCCCCUUCUCUGUGUUUUAUUCUUUAUAUCACUUGUUAGUGUUUCCUGUUUCAUUUUGCAGUAGUUUAUUCCCUUUGUUUCUCAUCUUGUUUUCCCUCCUUUGUUAAUCACCCAUGAGUCUCACCUGUGUCUCGCCUGCCUCACCUGUUGCUCGUUUCCCAGUGUGUAUAUAGUCUCUUUCUCACCUCUGUCCUGGUUGGUUCGUUGAAUGUACAUCCGUGUGCGUCUGCUUGUGUCCCCAGUUGCUCCAUGUGAUUUUGCCCCAGUGAUUCGUUCGUGUGAAUGACUUUCUCCCUAUAUGUUUGCUCAGUCUGUGUGGCAAACAUGAAUUAAUUCAAGAGAGGAGAGUUCCCCUUCAUGCUAUUUUAGUUUGUUUACAUUAAACAUAGUAAAGGUUGACUACAUUAUAAGGAUUUGUCACAUCAUUUGCCCAACUUACCAGAAAAUUCAAUCUCCUCACUCACUUUCUCUUCAGGAGAGAUCCUUUUUUAUUCCUGUUUUGAUAUUAAAACUCAUCAUGUCCUAUAGUUCAGGUUGAUGCGUCAUGCUCAGUAUGUCCUCUAUUUUCUAAAUGAACGAAUCUCCACAAGUCUGUUGUUGACAUACAUCACAAGGGAGUCUACAUGCUGAUUUAAAAUCACAUUCAUGAUGACUCAGCGAAUGAAGCGAGUAGCAUGUAGGAGGACAAUUUAAACCAUGAAAUUGAGCAGAAUACCUUCUCUUUGAAAUAACAGUCUGGCUGCUGAAACAGAAAGACUGAAACCUUUAACAACAGGAGGAGGCACAAGGACAUUUCUGACAUUAAACCAGAGGAAUAUCUGACACACAGUCUGAAACAUCUUCAAUAUCUGAUUGCUGUUGUGGUGAAAGGUUUGGUAGAUAAUAUGGAUUUGCAGAGACUACAAUACGUGCUUCAAAGGUUCAAUGCAUUGGUUUUCAAGCUGUUUCAAACAUAUCAGAGCUAGGUUUUGAAUUAAUUUUCAAAGUUUGUCCACAGCAUUAUUAAGUUUGCUGGAGGAGGCGGAGUUUAUAACCUAUACUGCAACCAGUCACCAGGGGGUGUCGUUCUCAGGGAGGCUGUACUCAGUGAGAAGGCAGAUGACGUCCGUUCUAUAUACAGUCUAAAUAUUUGGGCUUCUUCAUUAAAAAAGUCUCUGCACUGAUUGGCUUGAAUGUUGUCUGAGGGUAGAUGGUGCUUAAGGAUGCAGAGGCGGAAAAACACCAAAUCAAACAAAGAACUUUUGGCAUUUGUGUUAAGAGUAAGAUUUUUAUCAGUAAGGGUUCCAGGUAUUAAAGGUUACACCACCUCAACAGCCUGGCGUUAAAUUAAAACAGGGGCAGCAGGUGAAGUCCUCUCCCUAAAAAUCAAUGAUCAUUUCUUUAGUAUUACAGUAGAUACAUUCAUAUAGAAAAAUAUCUUCUGCUAUAGGGCUCGCUGUCACUGAAUAAAGAAACAGUCGUAGCCUCAUCUGCAAACUUAAUAAUGUAUCCACCCUCACACUGACUUUGACAUUUGUUUGUAUAUGAAACAAAUAAACACUGUGAGAAGAAUAACCCUGCAGGAAGCCAGUGGGAGAUAAAAGGACGUCUGAUAAAAGGCCAUUAACUCUCACUCUCCGUGAUAUGUUUAUUAAACCGGCCAAUGUACAUCAGAGCUGAUAUUGUAGGUGAUGGUGAGUCAUUCUUCUCAAAUAUAAAGUUGGAUAGGUGGAGAAAAAUUCAAUAAAAUCUAAGAUCUGAGCAAACAAAGCCAAAUGUGCGUGCUAAGAUUGUGCAAGGUCACCUUUAAACCACCAAACUUUGUUUUUUUUUUUUCAGUUUAUCAGCCUCACUGAACCUUUUCAUGAGUUGAUUUCAAUCUUAAAUGUGGCUCCACUUUCAACCUGCAUCACCACCAAAAAGAAAUUGAUCAUAGAUGGUGCACAGUAAACCUGCCAGCUGUAAGAUCCAUUUUUUUUUAAGUUAUUUUCUGGGUUGCUGGUUUAGCUCGAAGAAUAAAUCGUAGAGAGGUUAAAGUCCUCUCAGUUCAAAUCUGACCAGCAGUGACUCACAGGAUAUGAUGCAUCCUACCUCCCAGUUUUUUUUUUCUUUUUACCCUACCUGCUGCCUUGUCCUUUUUAAAAAAAGCCAUAAAAAGACCAAAAAAUACUCUUAAAAAAGGAACAUCCAAUCUCAGCUGAAUGAUGUACUUCGCAAACACAAGGCACAAUCAAAAUAGACCAUUUAAAGUCUGACUAGCCCGAGCCCGAUUGCCACUUCCCAAUAACCAUGCGACCUGAUUCAAGGCUUGAUGAACUGAUUGUUUGUCCAAAUAAUCCUCAAGUGGGUGGUGUCAAUAGGACUAAUUUCCUGCUUCCAUCUGAGCUGGAGCGUUGCCAACCUGGGACUCUAAAUAUUCAAUAUUUUUAAUUUAUUAAGUCCCAGGUUGGCCUGCGUCCAACGGAAAAUAACCAAUGAGAGAAGCAGACUGGGAGGCAUCACUGACUGGAUUGUUGGGUAUUUUUGCACCUGACAAACAUGCUUCUCAGCCAGGAUUUUAUCCGUGUUAUUUUUCUUGUGGGUUCUCCACGUUUGUUUGGCCUCAUUUAAUCUCCUCUGUGGAUUGUGAAACCUUAAAGACAAACAUCAAGCGUACGGUUAUGUUGUGCAUCAAACUACGUCAUCAAAGUGAAAGUCUGAGGAGUUUUAAGUUCAAAGCAAUCCUCUACCCUGGUCUUUAUGUAGAUUUGGCUCUGACUCAUUUCCUCUGGGGGCUGUCCUACCCGAGUAUGUUUGCAUUAGGGCUGGUAUGAGAAGAGAUUUUCAGCUCACACAUACAACCCAUGAUUUCAUUACCAUAAAGUAUUUUGAUGGUUUUAUUUCCUGAAAUGUCAUUUAUGAGCUGGAGAAGGACCUUUAUGAUUUCAGACUGUGAUUAUUGAAUACCUACAGCCGCUUAUGUAGACGCUCUUUGUGACUCAUGUGCUGCAACCUUCUAAAGAGGUAUCGGACGCCAAAAUGCAUCAAAGAAACUGCUUUCAAUCAGGUUUUCAGAACUUGUCAAUUUCCAGUGUUCAAAGUAAUGUAAAGAUAUAAAUCACUCAGAUCUUCCACAGCUUUGAAAUCAAACAAGAUUUAAAGGUUGUCUUGUGUGUGGUCAGCAGACACAUUCACAUCCUUUACAAUUUUAAUGCAUUUUUACACACAAUGGAAUUAACCCAAAAUUAAUCAGUGUUGUUUUUGCUGUAAUAUUAGAAAUUAUUUUCACCAAGCCUGUGACUUGAUUUUUCAGGACAUUUCAUCAGGUUUUUACAGCAGUAAGACUGCUUCUUUUCCUAACACCAGCUUCUUGUUGCCUUUUUUCCUUUUUUAAAUUGAACUUAUGGAGUCUGACAUACAGAGUUUUAGCCAUAGACCAUAAAACUAUGGUUUUAGCAGACUUGAGCCUUUCCUCUUCUACAAUGAAGGAUGAGACGGUAAUAUUUUACAAUAACCAUAACUGAUAAAUGGUAAAUGAACCAUUUAUAAAUGGUAAGCAGAUAAGUAGCAUAUAGACCAUUAAUAGAUUGUAAAUUUUACAACUUUAAAAACCUAACCCUGACUUUACAAUAACCUUGUAAGUAAUGUUUAUAGAUGUUUAUAAACCAAAUAUUAACCAUAAACAAAGUGCUACUGACACACAUUUUAAUCUAUAUGUUUUACAGCCAAUAUUUGAAUAUAAACAUUUAAUAAAUAGUCAAUUAAUAAUAAAUGAAAAUUAUUAAUCAUGAUUUCAUUGCUUGUUAACGGUAAAGUAAUUAUUAACUUAAAUGAAUAAACUAUUUAUUUGCCAUUAAUAAUUGGUCUAUGUGCUGUUUUUAAAUGAUGAUUAAACUUUAAUAAAUGAUCUAUUUACCAUUAAUAAAUGAUGGUUAUUGUAAAUUAUUACCAGUGAGACAUUAGUAUAAUCUGGCUGCUCAAAAAGUAUUGUGAUUUGCACACCUGAAAUUACUCCCGAAUGCUCCUGUAUGUACACAACCUUUUUUUUCUCAAUGUUUCUAAAGUAUAUUCAGCCUUCGACUUCACUGUUCAGAAUCUAUUUCAAGGGUGCACUGACCAGCUGUAUGUACUGGUCUCUGUACUCUUUAAUGGACAGUUAUGUGAGAACUUGUUCUUUUCAGCCAACUGGCCAAUUUUCUUUGCCCUUUUUUUUGACAUUCUGAAUAAAGGAACGUGGUUAGAAAAAAAAGGUUAUCUUCUAUAAUACUGACAUCCUUGAACUUUACAUUUCAGAAAGGCAGAGCUGAGGGUUUUUGUCCUACAAACCCACACAGUUCAUCUCUCGCCUUAUACACCAGGGCACUGCGGCGUCGAACUCAUCAGCUCACUGGAAUUCCUACAGAAAACUAUCUACAACACGUUCAAAUCAGAUGAGAGUAUCUCAAAUAUAGGAAGUCACUCAUGCAUCAACGUGCUCUAUCUCACCUUGUUCAAUUUCACAGGAUUUUAAUUGAAAAAUACCUUUUCUGGGUUAGUUUUGGAAAGUUAAGGCAAGAGCGAGAGUUCAAAAUUGAAGAGAGAAAUCUGUGCCAACACGGUAGACCAGAAAAAAGGCGAAGAUGAUUGUCUUUGACCUCUUGCCCUGUCAGACCAACUGAAUCCCUGCAGAUCUGCACAAAAAGUCUCUCAUUUGCUGCCGGAUAACAGUUCAAUUAUAUUGUACAAAAGCCUGAACCUCCUUGGUGUGUACUUGACCUAAAUAGAGGUUAAGCCGGCUGGAGACAGAGAAGCCAUUGUCUUUUGAUGAAUACAAGCCAUUCCUAUUACGCUUCACCUUGAAUAUAUAAAAUUUGUAUAUAAAUCUGGAGGUGCUGCGUUGAAUCACAAUGGCUAACUUAAUACCAUCAAGACCAGAAAAAAACUUAUUGUGCUGUAAUAAUGUUCCAGGAGGUUUUUGCUAUUGAGCUUUUUGGAUCAGGAAGGUGUUAGUCUAUCACUGACCUUUGGUUCACCUCGGAAAGCGAAAUUCAUUUUCCAAAUCACAACAAGAACCCUUAAUAGCAAAAUACUCAGGGUUGAAAAGAAACCAAAGCACCUAUUUGUCUAGUUUUAAACACACCACUCUCAGAUUACCCACCUUUGACUGGUGUCUCCUCCUUUUUUACCAGACCAUCUCCGUCUCCGUAUCAGUCCUGACACUGAGUUGCAUUGCCCAGGAUCGCUGGUAUGCCAUCUGCCACCCGCUGAUGUUCAAGAGCACGGCCAAGAGGGCUCGCAAGAGCAUCGUUGUCAUCUGGGUGGUGUCCUGCAUCAUCAUGAUCCCUCAGGCUGUAGUGAUGGAGUGCAGCAGCCUUUUACCUGAACUCACAAACAAGACUAGUCUGUUCACAGUGUGCGACGAACACUGGGGAGGUUAGUAUCAAACAUGUUAUAAAAUUGUGCCACGAAUGCAAACCACCUUCAAUAAGGCAUUGGUCUAAUUAAAUUUCACUGUUACAUUUUUUUAGAUAGAUCUCAGAUAAUCCAACAAGAUGCAAGAGUGCUCUAAAACUACAGUACAGCAGAGAGUUAGAGCACUGAUUAUAACUAUGGGACAUUAGAUAUUUAGGGUAGGGCUGGGCGAUAAACCGAAAAGUUACAGAUACCGAAAUUCAUGACAAAAAUAAUUAAAUCAAAGUUGGUUUUGGAUGUGUGUAGGUAGGCUAUGGUCUCAUGUCCCUUUGAGACGCUGUCCUACAUCAGAGACAUGACUUCACCCCAUCCAGUCUGUGACAAAGAGGGAAAGACAGGUGAGGAAAUGGAGGACGGUUCAAAAGUUAUAGCGGCUGAAGUAGACGAAGUUAAUGUGGGAGGGGGUGAGCAGCUUGUGGAGUAGUUAUCGUCCAUUUAUCGAUAUUGAGGUGAACUGCUCAAUAUAUCGUGAUAUUGAUUUGAGGCCAUAUCGCUUAGCCCUACUUAAUGCAUGGUUAUAUGCAAAGACACAUGAAUAAUGAAAUGGCAACAGAUGUACACAUAAGUCAAAGACUUCAACUUUGCAGUAGUGAAGGCAAUUACGCUGACAGAUAUAGACAGUGUUAUGAGAUAGCAUUGUAUGGAGUCAAAAGGAGGUCAGGAAGCAUUGCAAACGCGACUGAGUUAUUGUAAACAAAAAAUAAUAAUAGUAAAUGUAACUGAAGUAUUGUAAACAAAAAAAUUUAUUAUUGAUCACUGAAUUUUUAUAAAUGAGGUAUUUUUGCAUUUACAAUAAUUUUUUCUGCAUUUACAAAACAUUCUGGCCUCUCUUUAACAUAGGGGUGGAGUUAGAUGAGUGGCGUGUCUAUGGGGGCGGGGUUAGAUGAGUGGAGCGUCCAGAUAGGAAAAUUAAACAAAACCAUAGAAGAAGCCAAGAAGUCAACUCCAUACAGCACAAAGGGAGCCCACGUACAUCAUGGUGUGUUGACAAAUGAUAUAGCCUACAUCCCAGGAUAAUUUAUUAACUGUAGUUACCUAAGAUCCUUAACUUGAAGCAUUGGGCUGCCUCAAACCACCACUGUUCUGGUCUGCCAUCCUUCUUCAUAGAGACUGUAUUUAUAAAUGCCAAAAUACCAUACCAUGCACAUGUAAAAACGUGCUGCAAAAAAAGCCCCCUAAGAAUAUGCUUGGACAUUAAAAGUUCUGCAAAUACUCGGACAAUAUGAAGCAAAAAUGCACAAAAGCAGAAAGCAGUUGAUAUUUCUCCAUAAGAAAAUUGCUUAAGCCGCUGCAGAUCAUUUGCCCUUUUCCUCAAUAACUCAGAACCAAGAUUUUGUGAUUUUCUUUCUUCUCUUCUGAGUUUUUGAGCAAAGCCUUUCAGACGGUUGUAUUUAGUUUCUGGUUCUGAGAUUGUUCAAUUCGCUGAAAAAAAAAAACUAAUGUCAGGAAUCACGGAAAAGUCACCGUCAAUCAUAUGAAACAAGUGCUAAUAACACUGCUUGACUCUUGCAGUUUGAUUGACGGCGUCUUGACUGAGACUCUGAACUGAUUGAAGCUGCAGAAAAUUGCGUCCUCCCCUUGAAUGACACUCACUAAGCCAAACUGAAAAAAUAACAAAAAAUAUUCAGUGAGAACAUUUGUUUUGUCGAGUGUUUGGAAAGAAACUUGGGUGCUAAAAGGAUUUUUUUGACCAAAAGUUGCAUUUCUUCUUAUCACAAAUUUAAUAAAACUCUAAAUUUUAAUCAAAAACAGCCCAGAAAUUGUGCUGGAGAACCUUUUCACUCCACGAUCCGGGGGCAGAGAUUGUUUGGUGACGCUGGUUUGUUUUAAUGUGCUGCAUCCUGUUACCUGGUCCGUUCUUUCGCUUCCUCAUUUGUCUACAAAUUACCUCUGAGGAGUCAGCAGAUGGUUGACAUUCCCUUGUGCCUCCGAGGUCAAGCCAUCUUCUCACUUGUUUGUUCUCCACCUGGAAUUUGUUUUUCUCUUUUAAUUAUGUGGAUUCUGCUUUUCAACAACCUGCCAGAGUAUUUGUGGAGGACAGCUUGCUGCUAUUUAACGGAUUUUUACUUUUCCGGCCAGUUAAGAUUUUAAGCUCAAACAAUCCGGCUGUGUUCUUACUCGACUUCUGACAGCUGGAAUACUUGACUCAUUUCUAACAAGAAGCAUCUCAUACUUGAUCUAAGCCACAUUUACCAAACAAAUCCAGAGAAAUGUUGUCUUGUAGGAUCUUACACAUCAAAAAUGAAACCUGAAUUGCUUGUUAUGAGUUUUUAAACAUCUGCUAGUGAAGUAAGAAAGAGAAUUUACUCAGUUAGUUCCUGUAAUCAAAACUUUCUUUUUUCUUAUUUUAUUUGCCGAUUCUUUUUAGUCAUUAAGAGACAUUUUUUCUGGUGAAUAAGGCUACGUUCGCACUGCAGGUUAUGAUGCACAAUAUGGAUUUUUUGUUAAAUCCGAUCUUUUUGUGCGAUCGUUUACAUUACGACAACGAAUGCAGCAUCUAAUGUGAACGGAAUGUGUUCGUGAAGUGGCCCGCAUGCGCACAAAGCACAAAUCACUUUCCACACCUGUUUGUGUUGUCGAACAAUGGUGACAUUUGUCGCAUAUUGAUGACGUAUAGGUCGGAUGAACGCUACCUGAGCGUCCACACUGCAGUCACAUCGGAUACAUAUCCGAUUUAUAUCCACAUACAAAAGAGGCCUGGGUGGGAUUUGAAAAAAUCAGAAUUGUACUGUUCACACUUACAUGAAAAAAUCAGAUAUGUGUCACAUAUGGUUAAAAAAUCGUAAUUGACCUGCACUGUGAACAUAGCCUAAGACUUUAAACUGGCCUAAUAAAACCUUUCUCCUAAAAAGUAGUGCCAACAUUUGAAGGACUGGUACAAAAGAGGGAGAACAUGAGUAAACUUUUCCAAGUGGACUUUUAAUUUCACUAAAUGGGUCUGGUACGGACUGGUCAGUAGAGGGUGCCAAAGUGCUCCCCCACCACUUCAGCGCACUACAAUAAACAUUCAGCAUCAUGAGAAUCAAACCCUUUAAACAGAUCUCUUCAAAACCAGGCUGUAACUUUAUUUUCUUAACUCUAAAAUCAACUUGCCUCUGAUUAAAUCAAGCAGAAACGAAGUCUUGACUAUCCUGAUUCGUAAAGUUCUCUGUCAGUUUCUAAUAACUCUUUCCUCUUUCAACAGCUGAGAUCUACCCAAAGGUGUAUCACACCUGUUUCUUCAUCGUCACUUACUUUGCACCGCUUUGUCUCAUGAUCCUGGCGUACAUCCAGAUAUGUCACAAGCUGUGGUGUCAACAGGUGAGUUUUACAGUGUUUUUUAAUUUGUUUUCUUAUUGAAAUAAAAAAGGUCUCCUCUGCUCAAACAGCGUUCAAAGCCUGGAGUCUAAUGAAACACAACGCAAAACUAACCCUGCAGAACUGUCAAUAACAGAUCCGAAAUGGUUCAUUCUGCUCUGAGCACUUGCAGAAGACUGUGUGGGUGUAGCGUAUAAAGUUUGGAGUGACAUCUGCCUGACUUGAACAAAACAUGGAGCUUUAUCACAUUAAGGGUGGUGCAGCUUUAACAUCAUGUUUGAGUCAUCUGAGAUUGAAUCAGAGGAGGAAGCGUGCCCUGUAUUCUGAAAGUAUUUUUGAGAAAGCUUUCAAAUGAUGCUCUACAGAAUUCUUGUUUUUCUGAUACGACUUCAAAAUCAAUCUUAUUAUUUCCACUGGAGCUGCAAAAUGAACAUUCACAAUAACCUGAUUGAAAAAAUUUGUAUGUUUUGCUUUAGCUGCUCUAGUGCCCAUUUCUGGUUGGAAAAAACAUUAAUUUUGGAUUUCCAUGAGACGUGUUCCACACAGAGGUAUUUUACAAAACAAGAAAAACAGAUCAAUGAGUUAUGGAUAAACAUGAGAAUAGUCUCAGUGAUGUCAGUCAUUAGCUGCAUUUACAUGGGCACAAAUAAUCAGAAUAAAUGCCCGAUCGGAAUAAAAAUGUGUCAUGUAAACAUGUCGAUCGGAAGAUUCUGAUUUAAUUCGGCUCGAUCAGAAUGAAAUUGUAUUCCAAUUGAGAGGGGUGAUUUAUGCCGAUCAUUAUUCAGAAACACGUCCAUGUAAACAAUUAUUCCAAUCGUGACUUUCUUACCUGACUCGAUCUUCACUCUUUAGUAGUGGUGCAACGGAUCACAAAACUCACGGAUCGGAUCGUUCCUCGGAUCAAGAGUCACGGAUCGGAUCAUUUUUUCGGAUCAGCAAAAAGAAAAAAAAACAAGACAAAUAAAAUAUAUAAAAGUAGUGCACAGGGCAUAAUAUCUUCUUUUUAACAUAACUAUUAAUGAAAAACAACUUAAAGUACAAUAUACAGGCAUAUCUCCUUCCUUUAAAAUGUAACAAUGAACUAAAAAUGAAGGGUGUGCGCGAUGGGAUGUCGUAACGUGGCUCAAGCACUUUCAGCAUGUUUUUAAAGCCCUCGUUUUGCACAACUGAAUACGGCCUCAUGUCUGCAGCUAUAAACACACCGAUAGAGUUUGUGAAAGCUUUAGCCUGGUCGGAUUGCGCAGGAAGAGGCUGCUUAAAUGCUGCGGUGAUGAGCGGUUGUUGGGCAGCUUCCGUUUUAUCUCAGGUGUUAUGCCAAAGAAUGCACCCCUGCCGUAUAGUGCACCCCCUAACGGGAGCGCGGUUGAAAGUACAUAACAAGGCGAAAUAAUACAAGUUUUCCUUACGUUGGAUGUAUUCAACAGCGUUUGCCUUUAAUAAUUUCAUUCAGGCUAUUCAUAUCAAAUAUGAGAUCAUUAUCUCCACUUUAAGAAGCUAACGGGUGGAGGGGAUGCAGGGGGUGCGUUCUACGGCAGGGGUGCAAUCUACGGCACAACACCUGUCAGUAAAACACCCGGGUGAUGUCGCUUCAAAUGCGUGAACAUGCUCGAUGUGUUUCCACUGUCAUAUGGCUUUCUUAUGCCACAGUGCCUACACUCCGUCGCAGUUUUGUACACUGACCUCUUUCCUUCUUCAUCAUAAUUGACAGGGAAGCCAAAAUGCUCCCAUACAGGGGAUUUAAGUGUCGCGGGGCGUUCGAGCUCCUCCUUUCUCCGCUUUCAGAAAUCGAUCCGCGGAUCACAUGUGUGCCGAACCGAAUACGUCGAUCCGAACGGAUCACGGAUCAAUGAUGAUCCGUUGCACCACUACUCUUUAGCCUUUGGUUUGUUUAUUGGUCAGUACAGGAGGUUUCAUUAUUAACACUCUGGCAUGAAACACAACCGCAGAUGCUGUGUCUGCUCCUCCAGUAACGUAGCAAGGCGUACAUACAGCGUAAUGAUGUCACAUCUGCAUGCACAGCGCAACCUUUGACAGAACAGUAAAAUAAGUAUGGAAGGGCGCCAUCUAGUGACAAAAUUUAACAGGGGGAAAACUCCUGAAUUGGAUGGAGUGAGCCACAACCGCGUUUGUUGGUUUGUUGACAGCACAGGCGUAGAUACAACUCUUCCUCUGUGGUUGUUUUAGUGAAAUCAGACAACUCUGUGCAUGUCCAAAUGCUUCUAAACUGAAUAAAGCUUGGUGCAUGUAUACACACGUCAUGAUUGGAUAUUCAAUUUUGCACCUGUAUAAACAAUGGAUUCAGAUUAUCCCAUCCCUCAAAUUUUUUAAUCGGAUCAAGAAAUUUUGCACAUGUAAACGUGGCUAGUUGUUUCUGGGGUUGGGGUUAACUCUAACCCUAAAAUAUUCCCAACACCUGUCAGUCAAACCUGCUAAGUUAUGCAAACGUAUGCAUGACUCUUGUCUAAAAGGAAAAAAAGAGCUAUAAUCAACCCUUUAUAGUUGUUCAGAAUAAAGAAAUAAGGUAUGGAGACCAAAAACGUUAAAGUACAAGACUAUGUCUAUGUUAUUUCUUCUGUGGAAAUUGACAUUUUGACACAGGAACUAAAUUUUGGAGCACAUCUGCGUUGGCAUUGGGAGAAGUUUUCUCCUCUUUGAUAGCUGAUAUAAUAUUGUACGUCAUAUAUUGUUAUUGCUGUAUUCAAGAACAUUAAUGCACAUCAUUUCACCUCUGACUCUUCUGUCAUAUACUGACAAAGUUUGUAAUACAGCUAAUAGAGGCUGUCCUUGAGCUAGGGUUGGGUAUCGUUUGAUUUUGAACGAUUCCGAUUCCGAUUUCGAUUCCUCAUUUCGAAUUCGAUUCCUAUCGAUUCUUUAUUUCGAUUCUUUUAAAAGGCAGGAUAUCAUAAAAAAAAAGCAUGGUUUGAAUGAGGGCGCUAACCGGAGCUCUUCUUUUUGGAUGAAAUUUCUGAACUUCUCCAUGAAUUUUUAAAUCAUAUUAACUUUUUAGGAACUUUACUAUGAAUUUCUCACAGGACUAUUUUCAAUCAGUAUAUAAAUAUCAAUUUUUGUUGUCAGGUCGUUUGUCUAUGAAAAAGCACAAGGGCUAACGUUAGUUGGAUAUUUAAGUUGACCCACCGUACUCAGUGCAAUUUGUUUACCGCUUCAAAGUUAGCAGAGGACAGAAGUACUUCAUUGUUUCACGUAUCUGAUCCUGACUGGUUAGCGGAAGACAGGUGUUGUGCUGUAGAAUGCACCCCUGCCGUAGAAUGCCUCCCCUCCACUGAUUAGCUUCUUAAAGUGGAAGACAAUGAUCUCAUAUUUUAAAAAACACGAGUAUUAGAUCAUGACAACAUGUCAAAUGGAGCAGUAAACUUUCGUUUUGUUUUUAUGUGUCUCAAAAAUGCACACAUAGAGGUGUACUUGGGUAUAUAAACUGUACAGUAAGCUGUUAAUGUAGAGAACAUUAUAUUUUCCGGACAGUAAAUAUUCCGAAUCAGAGGGCUAUUGUUUUCGGCAUAUCUGAAUAGCCUGAAUAAAAUCAUUAAAGGCACACGCUUUAGAUUCCGUCCAACGGUAAGGAAAACUUGGAUUGUUUCGCCUUGUUGUGUACUUUCAACCGCGCUCCCAUCAGGGGUGCAUUCAACAGCAGGGGUGCAUUCUACGCCACAACACCGGCGAAGCGCGUCAAAGACGAGCACUCGGGUAUUUCUCCUCCAUGAAUCCUGAGGUGUUUAAUCAUGUUUGUCGUUUACCCUCCUUUGCAUGAUAUAACUGUAUUGCUAAUGUUGCAUUGAGAUAAGAGCUCAUUCUUCCUGCUAAAGUUAGCCAAACUUUUGACCAACGAAGAAGAAGCUGCCGAACACCAACGAGGACGGAGCGUAUGAGACGAAGCCACACAGAGAGAGGAGAGAGAUAGAGAGAGAUUACAUUGUAACCCACAGCGGCUGCAUUGCUGUGGGUUACAAUGUACUUUCUCUCUCUCUGUCUCUCUUCACUUUCUGUGUGGCUUCGUCUCAUACGCUCCGUCCUCGUUGGUGUUAAGCGGCUUCUUCUUCGUUGAUUUUCGGCGGCUAUUUCUUCCGGUCGGCGGACUCUGGCAUCGAAACUUGGAAUCGAAAUUGUAAUAUUUGAACGAUACCAGAAGAAUCGAAGUUUUAGUCCCGAUUCCCAUCGAUUCUCGAUUCUCGAUACCCAACCCUACCUUGAGCUGAAGAAAUGAAUGAAUAAAAUAAUAAAUAAAGCUCACAUUGUGACAAAUUGAUAAACAGACUUUAUAAAAUACGCUCCAUUACAGGGUGAUGUGACUGUACAUCUUCAUUUGCCCAUGGUCACCCAGCUUUCAAGUGCUAUGUCUCAAGUCCCCAAAAAACCGAUAUGAAACACUAAAAUGUCUCAGCUUUGAGCAAUCUCAAACCUGGUUUUAACCAGUUGAAAUAAAAGAGUGAAUGUUGCUCUCAGCCGUGAUUGUCUGCUGUCUCAUUCAGCAGAAAAACAACCUGAAUGCACCAAAGUCAAAGUUCAGUACUUAUUUCUCUGUACAUCUGACAGUCAGUCCCGGCGUGCUGCAUGCUGUUGCUCAGCUCACCCGGCUUUUCAUACUGACAGACCUGCUGUGUAACAUCAGGAAGGCUUUCUGUCAUACUGAAAGGGAAUUCAGCAUUUCCCAAAGAGCUGCUGGAGUAACAGCUUCUUCAAAAAGUAGCAGGCAACAAAUAUGCUGCACUUUGCACUCAGCGCAUAGUGCAUUUUCAGUCAUAAAAGAAAUGCUGAUGCAAAAAACCACUCUGAAACGAGCCACAUUGGUAGAAAUAGGUUUAGUGAAGCGCUGUUGAAACCCACAUUUGUGAGGCAAAAGCACCUGACAGUAAAUUUACACGAAAUACAAAAUAAUCAAUUUAAAUUGGUUUUGUUUUCAUUUUUUAAUAGUUUCCGGGCCACAGAGACCAGAUUUAUGAUUUAAAAGUUGAAGAAGUUUCAUUCAACCAAAACAUGGCAAAGGUCCAUCAGAGCAGAACCCAACUGUACCAUUAAGAAUAUGGCCACAUAAUCAUAUUUGCGUACAGAUGCAACUGAGAGGCCUAAUUUUUAUAUCUACUUUGAUAACAUUUUUGAUCAUGUCAGAUAUUAAAGGGAUAUUCCGGCAUAAAAUCAAUUUAGGGUCAAACACAGCGUAACACCAAGUUAGACACCCCGUCGAGCGAUGAAUGUUGCCGAUCGCUUGCUUCUCUAGUUAUACCAACUUAUAAAACUACCGCAGGAUGGCAAUACACAGCGGUCUGAGGACCAAAACACCACUCUAUAGCCACAAAUAAUGCUCAGAACAGCACCUAACUUCAUCAACAGUACAUAUAGGAUCCCAGCCAUAGUACUAGCCACCAAACAUCUUUUUAACUUUGCCUAAUUUCUUCAGCAAAGAGACUAAACACAACUCACCUACUCUCUUCCAGCAGCCGCUUAUUUGUAGCGAGACCUCAGGCCAGUCCAUUACGGACUACAGCAGGGUGACGCAGCUCAAGGAAGAACAUUUAUGAUCAUUACUUUCCUUAAAGUAAUAAUCACCAUAUUAAUCAUUUUUCACUCUAGACGCAGUAGUUCUUCUGCCUUAGCGUCUCAGUCUGAUUGUAUUUCCAUGAAGAAAUGAUCAUAAAUGUUCUUUCUUGAGCUGCGUCACCCCACUGUAGUCCGUAAUGGACUGGCCGGAGGUCGCUACAAAUAAGCGGCUGCUAGAAGAGAGUAGGUGAGUUGUGUUUAGUCUCUUUGCUAAAGAAAUUAGGCAAAGCGAAAAAGAUGUUUGGUGUCUAGUACUAUGGCUGGGACCCUAUAUGUCCUGUUGAUGAAGUUAGGUGCUGUUCUGAACAUUAUUUGUGGCUAUAGAGUGGCGUUUUGGUUGAGGUUUGUUUAUGGCUCCUCAGACCGUGUGUAUUGCUAUCCUGCGGUUGUGACUAAAGUUAGUAAAACUAGAGAAGCAAGAGGUCAGCAACAUUCAUCUCUCGAGGAGGUGUCUAACUCGGUGUUACGGUGUGUUUGACCCUAAAUUAAUUUUACACCGGAUUAUCCCUUUAACCACUAAACUAUAGAGAAAGCUCCCCCCCACACAGUUAACUGUGGAUUUGGACUUCCAGCAGCUCCUAACAGUGCAUUGUUCUUGUUUUUGUAAGUGUUCACCUGCUCAAAUUUAUGCACAUUUGUGAUGAACAGAUUCCUGGAAGCACCUCAGUGCUGCAGAGAAAGUGGAGGUCCAUGCAGUGCUCCGCCUCCACUUCAGCGCAGGGAGAGCCCGUGAGGGUCCGCACCAGCACGGUCUGCGCCGAGAUCAAACAGGUCCGAGCGCGGCGCAAGACCGCCAGCAUGCUGAUGGCGGUGCUCUUUGUUUUCGCCGUGUGUUACCUGCCAAUCAGCGUUCUCAAUGUCAUGAAAAGGUAAUUAUCUGUGGAGAGAGAGAGAGAGAGAGAAGCUCACCUUGGUUUUACCUAUAGCCAUAAUCACUGAUAUGGCUCGUGUCAAGAACUAAACUGCUGAAAUAAUGAACAAAAACUAAAACCUUGUCAUGUUUUUUUUACACGCAGAGUCUUUGGGACGUUCAAGCAGAUAAACGACAGAGAGAAAGUCUACGCAUGGUUCACCUUCUCACACUGGCUCAUUUACGCCAACAGUGCAGCAAAUCCAAUCAUCUACAACUUCCUCAGCGGUAAGUUUGCAACCUGUUUCAAUACUGGGAGCAGCUGUGCAUGAUCAAUACUGACCUCUAGUGGACAGUGGAACAAAAACAACACAACUCCCUACUGUGUCUGUGUGGUCAAAUCAUUUAAAUUGUACAUGACUGUUGUUCAUGAGACCUUCUGUGGGAGAUGUAAUGCUUUAUAGUACAAUAUAUUUAACCCUUAAAACCCUUUUAAAGUGUUUCAAAUGAGACUUUUUAAUCAGAUUUCUUUCUCUUCACCUUUUAGGUAAGUUUCGCAAAGAGUUCAAAGCAGCUUUUUCCUGCCAUUGUUACAGAAAAAGUCCAAAUCAGACAAAGAGGAUCAGGACCAGAACGAGCACAGAGAGCCGAAAAUCCCUGUCUACUCAAGUGAACAACAUGGACAACGUGUCCCGCAUAUCGGAUCAGAUUGUUUAAUCGAAGACGGAUUUUGAAAGGACACAUUCAUUGUUAUAUAAACCAUCAAAGAAUCUAAACCAGGUUUUAAAAAAAGAAACAGAUCUUUGGAUGAAAAAGGAUCUUUCUGAAUGAUAGUUUUGUGUUUCAUGUGGACACUUUGGGAAUAUGAAGUGCUUUAAAAAAAACUAAACCUCUGUUUUCUGAGGAUCUUCUCACUUUUACACGCUCGCUAACAACAAAAAGAAGAACAUGACAACCUCUUGUAAAUGACAGAAAAUAUAUUUAUGCAGACACGCUGUUUAAAUGUAAAGUAUUUGAUGAUGCUCAGAUGUUCUUAAUGAUGUACAGUUCAGUGGCACGUAUGCACAGAAAGUAUUGUAUCAUUGAUGUUUGUGAUAUUUUGAAUGUAUUAUUUCAUCUUCAGUUCAGUCGCCCGGUUAUUUAUCUCUGAAUCUUAUUUAUUAUUUCGCUGUUAUCAGGUUGUUUAUUGAUAUUUUUGUCUAAUGGGUUUUUACAUUGACUGAGGAGCAGGUGACAUAAAGAAAACAUCUAAUAACGCUCUGAUUUGUCGUUUGUCCUCUGAAUUAGCAGAUGUCAAUCUCAGGAUCUCAGGAUUACUUGCAUUAACAGCACACACUAAUGAUGGAUCAUUAAACAGGUGAAUAUUAAACAGGUUUUCUUCACCAAA